UGUCGCUCCUGACAGCCGCUCUUGUCGACUCUGGGGGAGGUGGAAGGGCAGUGGAUCUGCCUGAUAGGAGCGUCAUCUCCGAGGUCCUUAUCGCGCAGUGGCCAAACUUUGACGGAGAAAGCUGCGAUUAUAAAACAAACCGAACAAUCCUGCGCUUUUUCCAGCUUUUUAUUCCCAACUUCAUCUUCCAAAUCAGCUUCCCUUCACUGAGUAGAGGACCCCAAAUCGUUGGAAACCGGCUUAUGAGCUGCUACUUUUUUGAAGUCUUUCUGGAAAUGGCUCUUGCAGCAUACUAGUCUACUUUUUUUUCUCCCUCCUCACAUUAUCAGCGUGCAACAUCCUGCAUCUACCAUCGCCCUGGCAACCAGACCUCCCCUCCAUCAUCCUCCAGCUCUUCAUCCCUCACCAUCAGCGGCAGCCUGCGAGGGGAAUCAAAAGCUGCUCCUGACGCUCGUCCUUCAACACCGUUUUCCACACGGGCGCCACUUCGGAGCCGUUUUUUUCUAUUAUAUAUUCAUUUUAAUUUAUUAUUAUUAUUAUUAUUAUUAUUAUUAUUUUUAUUUUUUUUUAAAUCUUAUUCAAACUAUUAAUGUGUCGGGGAAGUCUUCUCUCUCAGCAUCAAAAUGCCUGUGAGACGCGGUCACGUUGCGCUCCAGAACACCUACCUGGACACUAUCAUCAGGAAAUUCGACGAGCAAAAUCGCAAGUUCCUGAUCGCCAACGCCCAGAUGAAGAACUGUGGCAUCAUCUACUGCAACGAGGGCUUCUGCCAGAUGUUUGGUUUUGCCAGGGCGGAGAUCAUGCAACAGUCCUGUACCUGCCAGUUCUUGGUGGGACCUGGUACCAUGAAGAGUGCUCUGGCCCAGCUGGCACAGGCUCUGCUUGGCUCUGAGGAGCGCAAGGUGGAGAUCCUCUACUACGCCAAGGAAGGGACGUGCAGACCGUGCCUGGUAGAUGUUGUCCCUGUAAAAAACGAGGAGGGAGUCGUCAUCAUGUUCAUCCUCGACUUCCAGGAGCUGAUUGAUCGUUCUCUCAAGAAAUCAGGCCUCAGGCACAGAGUCUCCCAAGGAUGGAUUUACUGUCAGAACCGCAGGUUGAAGAUGAGGCUGCCGGUGCUGCGGUCCAUGCGACGAGCUUCACUUUCCAAAGAUCAGUUUGAAGGAGUGGUCGUGGACUACCUGCAGCCAAACAGCGAGGAAUUCCCUCUCAAGGAGUUUCGGAUCCCAUCCAAAGAGAGUUGCAUGCAGUCUGAGACGGAGGCUCUGAUAGAACAGGACCUGGAUCCUCCCUCCCCUGCAGCCCAGUCCUCCACUAAGCAGCGCUCCCUGCUGACCGACCGGCUGGACCCAGGCAUCAGCUUCCCCAGGGGGAGCUUACCUCGAAGUUGCUCUCGAGACAGCGUCCGCAGCCUCCGACGCGCCUCGUCACUGGACGACAUCGAUGGGAUGAGGGCGGAAUGGAACAGUCGACCUGGAGACCCCCGAACCAACAGCAAUCUGAAGCCCAGCGCUCUGAACUCCACAUCGGACUCGGACCUGAUGAGACACCGGACCAUCGGCCGUAUCCCUCAGGUUACUCUCACCUUCAGCUCGGACCGCAUGAGACCUCCUUCUCCCACUGAAAUUGAAAUCAUCGCGCCCAGCAAAAUUAAAGACCGAACCCAGAACGUCACGGAGAAGGUCACUCAGGUCACACAGGUGUUGUCCCUCGGUGCUGACGUGCUGCCAGAGUACAAGCUUCAGGCCCCGCGCAUCCACAAAUGGACCAUCCUUCACUAUAGCCCCUUCAAAGCGGUGUGGGACUGGGUCAUCCUGCUGCUGGUCAUCUACACCGCCGUCUUCACGCCGUACUCGGCCGCCUUCCUCCUCAAUGAGGUGGAGGAGCAGCGGAGGAGAACCUGUGGCUACACCUGCAACCCGCUCAACGUGGUGGACCUGGUGGUGGAUGUCAUGUUCAUCGUGGACAUCCUCAUCAACUUCAGGACCACCUAUGUCAACCACAAUGACGAGGUGGUCAGCCACCCGGGACGCAUCGCACAGCACUACUUCAAGGGCUGGUUCCUCAUCGACAUUGUGGCCGCCAUCCCCUUUGACCUGCUCAUAUUCCGCUCCGGGUCCGAGGAGCCUCAGACGACCACUCUGAUUGGACUACUGAAAACAGCCAGGCUGCUGAGGUUGGUACGAGUGGCCAGAAAGUUGGACCGUUACUCAGAAUAUGGAGCUGCCGUCCUCUUCCUGCUCAUGUGCACCUUCGCCCUCAUCGCUCACUGGCUGGCCUGUAUCUGGUACGCCAUCGGCAACGUGGAGCGCACGGGCUCUGCUCGCAUCGGAGGCAUGAAGAUCGGCUGGCUGGACAACCUGGCUGAGCAGAUCGGUAAACAGUACAACGACAGUGACGAGGCCUCCGGCCCCUCCAUCAAGGACAAGUACGUUACGGCCCUGUACUUCACCUUCAGCAGUCUGACCAGUGUGGGGUUUGGGAACGUCUCACCAAACACCAACCCAGAGAAGAUCUUCUCCAUCUGUGUCAUGCUCAUUGGCUCUCUGAUGUACGCCAGUAUCUUCGGUAACGUUUCGGCCAUCAUCCAGAGACUGUACUCAGGCACGGCCCGCUACCACACCCAGAUGCUGCGGGUCAAAGAGUUCAUCCGUUUUCAUCAGAUCCCAGGAGGCCUGCGACAGAGGCUGGAGGAGUACUUCCAACAUGCCUGGUCCUACACCAAUGGCAUCGACAUGAAUGCUGUUUUAAAGGGUUUCCCUGAGUGUCUGCAGGCUGACAUCUGCCUACAUUUGAACCGCAGCUUGCUGCAGAACUGCAAAGCUUUUCGAGGUGCCAACAAAGGUUGCCUGCGAGCUCUCGCCAUGCGAUUCAAGACCACCCACGCUCCGCCGGGCGACACUCUGGUCCACAGUGGGGACAUUCUCACCGCCGUCUACUUCAUUUCCAGAGGCUCUAUAGAGAUCCUCAGGGACGAUGUGGUGGUGGCCAUACUAGGAAAGAACGACAUCUUCGGUGAACCCAUCAGUCUGUACGGGCGGCCAGGUAAAUCCAGCUCUGAUGUCAGGGCUCUGACCUACUGCGACCUUCACAAGAUCCUGAGAGAUGAUCUGCUGGAGGUGCUGGACAUGUAUCCCGACUUCGCAGACAUGUUCUGGAAUAACUUGGAAAUCACCUUCAACCUGAGAGAUGCAGAUAGAAUAAACCAGACAACCCCAGGCAGGGACUCUGAAUGUGGCUACCGGCGGACAAGGCAUCGGAGAAGCUCCCUACGUCGUCGAAACCGACCAGACGGCAUGGACCGCGAAGACUCCUACCCCGACCAGCCCUGUCCGAUGGCAAACCACCACCGGGGCACGAUGGCAGAAUCCCACUGGGAGGACCUCUGCAGCAGUGGUAGUAUCUGUUCGCAGUCUAGUGAUGAGGAAUUGAAGCCCAUGGGACACAGCAAAGGAGAGCUGUACCCCCCGGGGGGCGACACAAGAGACUAUCCCCCAACAGUGGUCAACCUCCUACCUCACAGCGGACCCUCAGCUGGGAUGACGCCACCCGGAGGAACACCAUACUCAGCAACAGCCCCUAUCAGCAUGUCAGGGCUGUAUGGCUACUGGCCAGGCCGCAGAGCCAGCCAGUUCUCAGACAGCCAGCGACGAGGCUCGUCGGUCAGGGCCAGUUUCCACCCUCCGCCCUGUGCCGAGGAUCGGCCCAGCGAGCUGGAAUCCAGGCUGGAGCUGCUGCAGUCGCAGUUAAACCGGCUGGAGACCCGUAUGACCGCAGACAUCAAUGUGAUCCUGCAGCUCCUGCAGAGGCAGAUGGCCCCCGUGCCUCCAGCCUACAGUGCUGUGUCGCCCAGCCCUCACCCGCCUCACCCCACCACCCUGUACAGCACAGGAGUACCCACAAUUCACACGGUCCCUCCAAUCCAGCCGGUCCAGAUCGACAGCACCGCCUCACUCCUACAGAGUCCAGACUCUGACUUCCAGCACAAAUCCAAGGACUCCCUGUCCAGCGGGAUCCAUCUCACUGUGGCCUCUGACGACACCAUGUCCAUGUCGCCGGAUGCCGACCCACCAUGUCUGCCCUCUGUGGACCUCACCCCUCCUCAAAUGUCAGGGCCCCAAGAGCCUCCUGGACUGCGAUGUGGCAGCCAGCGCUUCCCCUCCCUCCCCGAGCACCUGGAGACCUCCACAGAGAUGCAGGAGAUCCAGAGGCACGUUUCUGACCCUGUCCUGCCAGGCAGCUAGGACACCACCGCCAACACCACAACGCCAAAGCCUGGUUCUUUUUUUUUUUCGGACGGGACAGCCAUACGUUCCCCACUCUGCUACUUUCUUUUACCUCCCUUAAAACCUCGCCCGUCCUGUUCAGAUGCUGCUGUAGAACGUGGGAUGCGUUGCCUUCCACGUCACUGAGGGUGCAGAGUGCCUCCUGGUUCGCACAUACAAGACUCUGCAGCGCCCCCACAGGCUGCCGUGCUCCUCCGUCCCCUCGCGCCCAAGGUCCUGUGCAAUGAAGAGAUUACUCCUGCCCAGCAGCGUGGGACAGCUGUGAAAUAUGAGCUGCCAGUAAGCAAACAAACAUAUGCGUGGAUCUGAAAUUACACAAACUACACCCCAGACUGAGGUUCCCUUGAAGAGAGGUGAAAUGUCAAGGACCACUGAAAUGUUUCACAUUUAUCUGCAUUUACUUUGUAUAAGAAUUGCACAUUUAGACGUGAGCUGUAGAGAUAUAUAAUAAUUUACUUGGAACUGAAUUUAUUUUCUUAAUGUUAAGAUGUGUUUCCACCACAGGAUCUUUGGAGGAGCUCAGUGCUUUUCCACCGCAGAGUCCAGGGUCUAAAUUAAGUUCCCGGGACGUUCCCCUCCUCUCGUUUCUUAGUUUGCACACUCUCCUCUCCUCUCCUCUCCUCUCCUCUCCUCUCCUCUCCUCUCCUCUCCUCUCCUCUCCUCUCCUCUCCUCUCCUCAUGUCUUCAUCCCUCCAACAUGAGAUUCUAGCAGAGACAGCUGUGUCAUCUGGUCUUUUUUGUUUGUUAUAGCUUCUGCUGCUGUUUAUUUCUGUCAGAUGAGCAUAACAGUGAUCACGACAAGGUGUAUAUUUACUUUCAGUUCACAAUAUGGGACAAUGUGACAAUAAUAGUGAUAUCAAGUUGAAUUGUCAUCAAGGAAUACAGUUAGAAAAGCGCCCCUCAGGGGUCCACUACAUGGACAGUAAAAGUUUGAUCAUCUUAAAUGAUAUGCUGGAAAAUGUCCUGCUCCCACAGCGGUUUGUUUUCCAGAUGUGUGUCCUGCCUCCUUUUUGUAACAGGUGCUAAAAAAAAACUUCCCUAAAGGUUAAACCUGUGCAUCCUCGCUCACAGCUCCCCAUGUGAGCCUCCUCUCUCCUCCAGAUGCAUUUCAGGAAUUGAGACAUCAUUCAAUAUGGCGUGCUGAGACUGAUCUCCAGGUCACACCUGGGAAUGAAAACAAUGAUAGAAUAAUUAGAAACUGUAUUUACUUGGCACUUUUUAUCAAAGUUACAAAGUGCUUUACACAGGAUAAAGUAGACAUGGCAGAUAAGAGGAAGAAGAAGAAUAAAAUCACUGAAGGUUACAGAAGAUGGAGCAGAGAAGAGAUGAGGAGGCACACAGUAGAGAAAUGAGAAGAUUAUAUUAGAGUCUCAGCUGGAGGUGUUGUUCAGGAAGUUUGGGGGUGGGGCUAAAGGGAACUGAAUGUUUCUGAUUGGUCAAAUACUUGCAGUAAUUAAUUUCUGCCCCUAUUUUUGGAAAUGUUGUUUUUCAGCAUUGACUUACAGAAAAACGCAUACAACAGGAGCACCUGCUACGAAUUCAUCACCCUUACUGUUAAAGGGUCCCAUGCUAAAAUGAAAUAUAAUUCAGACGUGCUUUUUUCGUAUGUAAGAGAACAAACCUGCCAAAUCUUCGCAGGUCUUUAGACUGUGGUGGAAAUGCAGACGACAACAACAAGUCGCAGGACCCUUUUAGUUCCUUAAAAAGUCGUUCCCGGGGACUGUAUCGUCACAGUAAGGACGACACAUCUACUAAAUGUAAUAAGUAUGAGUGUUUUAAGUUAGAGACUCAUUAUUGUUGUUUUGGUGUUUGAUGAAAAAAAAUAUCAAAAUGCAUACCAUAGCUGGCACACUGUGAAGGAUGGGGUUCAGGAUCAGAGAGACACUCCUUGAAAGUGUAAUUUUCAUCUCAUAUUUCAUGUUCUGACGUUUUGACAUGAAUCAGCAGUACUUACAAGCGUGUGGUUUGAUCAGGAGAAGGUGUAAACAAAACAACAGAUCAAGCAGAGUCUUCUUGUAAACAUUCGAAGGUGGUGUUUCUCACAGGUUUGGCUUCCAUCACGACGGCUUUGCUUGAUCUCCCCUCUUCCUCUGUCUGUACACUUGCGCUAAUGUGUUCAUCUGCAAGUGCCGACAGAGGACGGACACUGAAACAGUUAAAGGGGAAAAAAAUGCCAAAGGUUGUUUUACGCAGACUGAUUGACAAGUGACGUGGAUGGUAGCUGUCAAUCACACGCAGAUGCAGAGGCGUCGUCUCAAGGCAUCCUCUGUUAAAGAUGAUUUCACAGUUCCAACCACAAGGUGAAUGUAAUGACUUUUUAAACAUUUAUAAUUCUGUAUAAUGUUUCUUGAAGCACAAAUUCCUGUUAUUUAUCUUUUUUUUUUUUUUUUUAGAUUAAAGACACUGCAGAGUUA